AUGAGGAACCCCGCCACCACCACCUGGAACCUCAGCGUCUCUCGCAACGACGCCGAGAAGCUCCUCAAAGGCUUCAAGCCAUCGCAAAUGGAAGAUCGCUGGAUGUGCCGCGCAGAUGAGCCGGACGCCCGCGGCGACUUCGUGGUGCAUUUGCACAGGAGCUGGACCGGGGACGAACAGUUUCGCAUGAAUGUCGUCUUGGCGGCGACGGGUGCGGGCGACACAACGGAACCUACCGGUGAACGCCAUGCCACGAUAACCGAACUCACUUGGGAUAAGGGAGAGGGUCAGUUCCUCGCUACCGAGGAAGAGGCCAAGGAACUAGCAACUAAACUCUGCCGGGGCGUGCUUGGUUGUGACUUGUGA